AUGAGACUAACGACAUUCAUAUACAGUCUGGUGGCUUAUUCUUUGAUAUUUAUACCAUUCACUAAUGCCUUCUUCAAUUUUGGUGGUGGCCAUAACGCCGGUCAUGGUCAGAGAAAUCGUGAAAACACUGCAGCUCAAGGGUCCUAUGAGGACAGAUAUUUAGCUAAUAACUGUCAAGGCUAUUUGUGUCCUGAUACAUUAGAAUGUGUCUCUUAUCCGUCCGAUUGUCCAUGUCCAUUUCCAGCUUCGCAAUUAAAAUGUGGACUUCCAGAUGGAAAUUAUAUCUGUAUAUCUAAACCUGCUUCCAAAGAUGAUGCAGUUAAUAAUAUUUACGAUAACCCAAACCAAAAUUCACAAUUUAAAAUGGAAGGCAUGAGGGAUUGUGGUUGGGUUUUAGAUGAAUACUACGGUAAAUUGUAA